AUGGACGACGAGGCCAAGAAGGGGAAGAAGGGCUUUGUGUCGCCCAUCAAGCGCCUGGUGUUCCCCAAGGCUGCGCGGCGGCCGGCCCCCCGCGGCAGUGCCUACCGGCGCCCGCUGCACUCCGUGCCCCUCUACCCCCCCAACUACCUGAUCGACCCCCAGAUCCUGCUGCACGACUACGUGGAGAAGGAGGUGAAGUUUUUAGGCCACCUGACAUGGGUGACAUCCUCCCUGAACCCCUCCAGCCGGGACGAAGUGCUGCAGCUGCUGGAUACAGCCAGGCAACUGAAGGAGCUGCCACUGCAGACGACACCCGAGCAGGACAGCAUCCUCAGCCUCUCUGCCCGCUGCCUGCUGCUCACCUGGCGCGACAACGAGGAACUGAUCCUGCGCAUCCCCACCCACGAGAUCGCUGCCGCCUCCUACCUGCGCGACGAUGCCCUGCACCUCCUCAUCCUCAAAACCGGCCUGGGAGUGGACCCCGUGCCCGCCGGAGCGCACCCCGAGAUGGUUCCACUUGGCCUGCCAGAGGCUUUCCCCGACAAGAAGCGUCCGGGGGGGUCGUGGCCGGAGGGCGGGCGGCUGGGGGGCCCCAUGGAGCGGCGCCACACCAUCUGCAGCCUGGACUGGAGGGUGGCACGGGGUGGGCAGGAGGCCCGGCAGGGAGGCAGCCUGGAGCGGCGGCGGGGUGGCAGCUGGGAGAGGAGGCAGCGUGGGCGACCUUCGGGCAGCUGGGAGCGACGGCAGCCCUGCGGCGGCAGCUGGGAGAGGAGGAGAGCUGGCACCGCGGGGGGCAGCUGGGAGCGUGGCACUGGCUUCGGCAGCUGGGAGCGGCGGCACGCUGGCAGCAACCCUCUGGACCCCCAGGAGCCUUGUCCUGAUGCCUACUCCAACCUCAUCAUCCUUGCCGUGCCCAACAGGGAUGCUGGUGAGGAGUCCUGUGCCCUCAUCUGCCAGGUCUUCCAGAUCAUCUACGGGGACCAGAGCAUUGAGUGCGUGGACCGUGCUGGGUACCACUACACCUCCACACCCACGCGGCCCUGGCUCUCCAGCAGGAGUGACAGCUGCCACACAGAUGGGACCUAUGGCUACGAUGCAGACUUCAGCUGCUGCAGCUCCUUCAAUGGCUCUCAUGAGACCUUCGAGGCUUAUUACAGUGGCACCUCCUCGCCCUCCUUCCACCAGUCCCACCACAGCCUGGCCACCGCCUGCAGCGGCAGCGACCAGAGUGGCACAGGGCUCGAGCAACUGCAGGAAUACAUGGUGACGCUGCGCAACAAGCUGUCGCCACAGGAGAUCCAGCAGUUUGCCCUCCUGCUGCGAGAGUACCGCCUGGGCACGCCGGUGCAGGAGUACUGCGCGGAGCUGCUCCGCCUCUAUGGGGAUCGCAGGAAGUUCCUCCUGCUGGGGAUGAGGCCCUUCAUCCCCGACCAAGACAUUGGCUACUUCGAGACCUUCCUGGAGAGCAUCGGGAUCCGGGAGGGUGGGAUCCUGACCGACAGCUUCGGCCGCAUCAAGCGCAGCAUGAGCAACACCUCGGCCUCGGCCGUGCGCAGCUACGACAGCGCCUCCCUGCGCUCCGAGGCGGAGUCCUUCAACCGCAUCAUCACUGACAUCACCCACGACAUCGAGGCGCUGGCAAGGGAUGAAGAGGAGGAGGAGGAGGAGGAAGACAACUACCUGUGAGAGAGCUCAGAAGCCCAGCAGUCCCCUCACUGCUCACCCACAUAGAAUCAGAGAAUUGUUCAGGCUGGGAAAGCCCUCUGAAAACAUCCAGUCCAACCAGCAACCCAGCACCACCAGGGCCACCAAACCAUGGGCCCAAGUGACAUGACCACAGGUUUCUUGAACACCUCCAGGGAUGGGGACUCCAUCACCUCCCUGGGCAGCCUGUUCCAGGGUCUGACCACUCUUACAGGAAAGAAAUUGUUCCUCAUCUCCAACCUAAACCUUCCCUGGGGCAACCUGAGGCCAUUUCCUCUUGUUCGUAUCACCUGAUGCUAGGGAGAAGAGACCAACCCCCACCUGGCUCCAACCUUCUUUCAGGGAGUUGUAGAGAGCAAGGAGGUCUCUCCUCAGUCUCCUCUUGUGUGGACUAAGCCCCAGGUGCCUCAGCUCCUCCUCCCCAGCCCUGUUCUCCAGACCUUCCCUAUUUUGGACAUGCUCCAGCAACUCAACAUCAUGGUGGGCACCUCCGAGCUCAGACUCCUCAGGUGCCCAGCUCUGCCCCAGUGCCUGGAAAUGGGGAUGUUUCCCCUCCUUUGCCACCACAGGAGGGGACAGGGGCUCUGCACUGUUCUGGAAGCUCUCAGCAGGACUGAUGGCAUCACAGGGUAGGCAUGGCUGGGGGGACAUCUCCAGCUGACAAUGCCAUGUGCUGAAUUUCUGUGGAUUGCAAUUAAACCCUGGC